CGCAGGUGUAGGACGCUGCUAAAAGCCGGUAAAGCCAACACAGUGUGUCAGAGAUCCCUGUGCUUCAGCCCUGGGUGUCCAGAUGGAGAGCUACCUGACCGUCUGUCAUCUCAAUCCUCCUCCGACACAGGACUGACGUUAAUAGCGUUAAAUCCGGAGGACGACAAUGACCUACUCCUGAUUUCCAUGCCACCGUGGGCUUCAGACAAAGAAGCUUCAAGCAGACCAGAAGACCCGACCCAAAGCUCAGGGUUUCAGUGUGGUGUUCAGUCUCGCUGUUCUUUGUGAAACCUCUGCUGACAGCAUGACUUGGUUUAUAUUUCCUGUUGACAACCUGCUUUGUAGGUGUCUUUGCAUCUUCAUUUCUGUCUGGUUGACUCUGUUGUUUGUCUUCAUAAUUGUGCCAGCUGUACUUGGAGUCUCUUUUGGUAUGCGUAGACUCUACAUGAGGACACUUCUCAAGAUCUUUGAGUGGGCAACACUACGAAUGGAAAUAGGAGCAAAGGAAAAGAAUCAAGAACUCUAUAAACCAUAUAGCAAUGGUAUCAUAGCCAAAGAACCACCAUCUUCUUUGCAGCAGGAGAUCCAGGAGCUCCGUGGAUCAGCCAGCUGUCUGCGCUCAGAGCCCGAGUUUGAGAUGGCUGACAUCUUCUACUUCUGCCGGAGAGGUGUGGAGAGCAUCGUGGAUGAUGAGGUGACCAAGCGCUUUUCAGCCCAGGAACUGGAGAGCUGGAACUUGCUGACUCGAAGCAACUACAACUUCCGUCACAUAAGUCUGAGACUUACCGUCCUGUGGGGCCUGGGGGUCCUCAUCCGCUAUGGUGUCCUCCUGCCUCUCAGGGUUACUCUGGGAGUCACUGGCAUUAGCUUGCUCCUAGUCCUGACAACCUUGGUGGGCUUUUUGCCAAAUAGAGAGUUAAGGUCCUACCUGAGUGAGAUGGUUCAUCUGAUGUGUUACCGCAUCUGUGUGAUAUCUCUCACAGCAAUCAUCACGUAUCAUAACAGGGAGAACAAACCACAGAAUGGUGGUAUCUGUGUGGCCAAUCAUACAACACCCAUUGAUGUCAUCAUCUUGGCCAAUGAUGGCUGCUACUCUAUGGUUGGCCAGGUGCAUGGAGGAUUGAUGGGAAUGAUCCAGCGAGCCAUGGUCAAAUCCUCCCCUCACAUCUGGUUUGAAAGAUCAGAAGUCAAAGACAGACAUCUAGUGGCCAAAAGGCUCAGUGAUCAUGUUGCUGAUAAAACCAAGCAGCCCAUCCUCAUCUUUCCUGAGGGUACUUGCAUCAAUAACACAUCAGUGAUGAUGUUCAAAAAGGGCAGCUUUGAAAUUGGCUGCACUGUCUAUCCAGUUGCCAUUAAGUAUGAUCCUCGGUUUGGGGAUGCUUUCUGGAACAGCAGUAAGUUUGGCAUGGUGAAUUAUCUGUUGAGGAUGAUGAGCAGCUGGGCCAUUGUCUGCAGCGUUUGGUAUCUGCCACCUAUGAGCAAAGAGAAAGGGGAGGAUGCUGUGCAGUUUGCCAACAGAGUGAAAGCGGCCAUAGCUGCACAAGGAGGCUUAGUGGAUCUCAUUUGGGAUGGAGGGCUGAAACGAGCAAAAGUGAAAGAUGCUUUUAAGGAAGAGCAGCAGAAACUCUACAGCAAAGUUCUUGUGGGUGGGCCGGACCAGGAGGACCCAAGUGGCGACAUACAUUUAGAGGAUGAAAAUCCGGAGGAGGAUAAAAACAACCAAGAUUCAAGCAAAGGACCACAGGGACACUGAAUGUAUGACAUAUGAUAUUUUUCUUAUACAAAAUGUUAAAAAUACAGACUCUUACAAUCUAUACAGUGAUGUCUUACUUAAUAUACAUGUGAAUUA